AUGGCAGGCCCCACGGUGUACCACGGCGUGGCGCAAAAAGUCUACCUCGUGAAAGAAGCCGUCAUCGGGAUGUCCUUAGGUUUAGUCGCCGGGGCGGUUUGGAAGUAUUCGCACUGGGAAAGACGAAAGGAAAUUCAAAGCUAUUACGACAAGAAAUCAUCCAAAUGA